UGGAGCUCAUUGUUGUGGACAGCUGACAGACAGAAACUAAUCUCCCGAGUAACUAGGAAGUAAUGUUUGGUGCAAAGCAUCAUGGUCAGUGUAGUUUAUAGGGAACUAUUCUGAUCUGGUUUCCGUCACACUGAGUAAGGGGAAUUCUAGUAAACAGAAAGUAAACAGAAAACAUUGUUUAUUUCGCCACAGUGAUUAAUGCUAUUUUUGUCUAAUUACAGAAUUAAAGUCUUUAGUUUUUUUAUUUGGAACCGCAAUCAGAGGAUGAAUGUUAUCCUCCUCCACCAGCAAGUGGCGAUAAAUGAGUGGUGGGCCGUGCUGUCUACAGUCCGAACAGAGUAGCACCGAAGAACCAGAAUAAACAGACAAGGCGGAAAUUAAUCACCCGACCAAAUAUAACAGGCGGUAAAACCAACAUUGUUCUGUCUGUUUUUUGUUUUUCCGAACAGUGUUUUGUCUGCGGCCGUCUGCCGCAAGCCCGUUUGCUGAAAGUUAACUAUAAAAUUCAGGAAAAAAUGUCUACGAAGGCCGACCGCUACCGAAUCUGUUCUGUUUUACCAAACGGAGACAUUGUUGGCUUCAUGAACACAGUUCUGUAUGAUGUCUGUGGGGUUUAUUAUCACGAGUGGGAACACAGGACGGUAGCUAGCUGGUUGGAUAGGUCUGUGACUUACUUCUGUGAUUAUAGACGAUAGAAAAAGCGUCACAGUGGAGAGGUACAAUUGUUACGGUUCUGUUCAGAAUAUAAACCGUGUAUUGUUACUGGAAACUAAGGAAUACAGGACUGGAACAGGUACCAAGCAUGGCCGACCCGACGGACCCAGCAGGUGCCUCUGGCUCCUCUGAUCCUAGUUUCAACCCGGGAAAAGGACCGUUUGGCCGGGUCAGAACUCUGUCCUCCAGUCAGCCUGGAAGACUGACAUCACUCAGAACCAGAGACUUGACUCUGGGGGGAGCCUUGAAAAAAACAAAGAAAACGUUUGAGCCUAACGUCCACGCUGUGAGGAAGAAUAAAGAUGAGGUAAAGGAAGAGGUCUACGUGGCUCCUAAAAAGGAGAAAAGAAAGAGGGAUGAGAGGCGGAGACAGAGCAGAGACAGGAGGAGGGAGAGACCUCUGAUCAUCCAGUCCCACUCCAUCUUUGAACAGGGUCCUGCUGACUCUGAGCGCAGACCUGGCUGGCAUGGAGCUGCAGGGCUGCACGAUUCCACCUCCUCUGCUGUCUGCAGACUGCUCAAGACAGAAGGGAAAGAGUCCACGGAGCAUGAAGAUCAUCUACUCAGUAAACUUCAGAGAGAUGAUUUCAUAGAUGAUCCAGGUCUGAGGAAUGACCCCAGGCUGAAGCCCAUCCAGCUGCCUCUGUGUCAUUCCAGUGACGUCUCCGUGACUCGCACCCCGUCCACAACGGGCCCGAAGAGCUCUGCUCUGUUCAGAGCUGAAGCCAGAUUAUCCCAUCACGCAGAGCUGCAGAAACCAGACCAGCCGUCCCUGGUGAAGCUGCUGCAGGAUCUCAGCCUGUCGGGAGGAGAAGAGCUCUUCUUCAUGCAGCUACCAGACUGUAUGCCCGGCAGAGCGGCGGGACUGCAGGCUGAGGCUUCUCCUGGAUCUGGGACACCUGCAAAGAAGGAGGGAAAGUCUGAAGGCAGAACAUCUGCACAGUCACGCGAAGCUGUGCAGAAGGAAAACUGCGUGGUCCUCUCACAGUUCCCUGAAGGAUUCCUGGGAAAACUGCAGAUCAGGAAGUCAGGAAAGAUGGAGCUGAAGCUGGGGGACAUUGUGAUGGACGUCUCAGAGGGAGCAGCUUUUUCCUUCCUGCAGCAACUGGUGUCCGUUCGUCUGUCUGAUGGCCAAACUGGAAACAUGAUGGUGCUGGGAAACGUCCGCCACAAACUGGUGCUGUCGCCUGACUUCCAGGUCUUACUGGGACAAGCUGCAGCUCAGGAGCCUUAAGACUUGAGAUGGCGAAUUCAGAUCCAGGCUGAGGAGUUUCAGGCAGCUACGAAGGAAGAACAGAUUUAUUGAGACUUUUUCUGACAGGCAAACGUUUGAACAGGUGUUCCAGGUGGGCUCUGAGUUUCUUUUUCCUUCUGUUUGUUAGAUUUUUACGUCUUGGUCACACAGCUGAGCUGAAGAUCUGAAUGUUUCUGACUUUACUGUUGUCACUGUUUAUGAAAAGAGAAUAACAGCUGGAGUUGUCUUUUCAUUGUGGGAGCUGAGAUGUGACACAGUCUGACGUUCCUGCCCGGAAACAAAGUCCAGGAAUAAUGCAGCUGAUUCUAGAGUUAGUCAUGAUCUGUGUGGACCGCCUCCACCUCCCUAAUGGGUGGAGACAGACCCGGUAACGGGCACGGUGUGUAGCACCAUCGGCUGUAGCUGUCAGCUAUGUGAAUGAAGCUGAUGGAGGACGUUCAGAAUGAGGUCGGACACCGUCCUGCCUUAGUAAACAUGGACUUCUGGGAGGAGACGUAUGUCAUAGUCCUCCAUGGACACUGAUGUCCUCAUACUGUCACAACUUUCUCUGAUAACAUCCUGGAGGAUCUUUCUCAUUUUCGGAACAUGGAAGCAGUUUUUUCCAAAAGCAGCCUCGCCUGCUUACAGGACAUGUCCAUCAUAUCUGUCUUCCUCCGUGUGUAAUCCAGUUUCAGGUUCUGGUUCUGGCUUCCGUUGAGAAUGGUUCUCCUGGUCCCUCCCAAGUCUCUUAUUGAUCAUGGAGACAUGAUGGUGUCUUCUACGGUGCUGCAUGAGGACUGGAAGGUCUCAACCAUGAUGGUGCUUCCUGUCCUUGUCCUUUCCACUCUGAGAUUCCUCCAGACUCACUGAAUCUGCCUCCAAUAUUCUGCUCUGUAGAUGUUGAAAGACUGAAGUUCUUUAACUUAUUGACGAUUUUCUCCUGGAGCCACAACCCAUCCUUGUUGGAAAGACUAAACCUUUGGUGGAUGCUGCUUUUAUACCCAAUCCUGACACCCUCACCUUUAAAACUGGGAAACAUAAAGCAGACAAUCAUGUUCAUGGUUGGACAAAGUUUUAUUUUUCUUCUUCAGAAACAGGAAAUGAUGGAGGAGAAUUAACUUUGAGCGAAAUACUCUUCAACAGGUUUACAACAAAUCACAGACAGACUGCAGGACGUUUACAGAUCACAGCACAGGGGAAACCUGAGGUCCGGACCACGCAGCAGCUUCAGCGUGUCCAGCUUAUCUCCUGGUUACAUUCUGGUUAUCUUCUCUAACCAGCCUGAGCUACAGAGACCUUGCUAAGCUGGUCAUCAGCUCUGUCAUCAACCAGGUAUUCUGACUGGAUGUUUACUGGUUGAUGUAAAAGGGGCACAGCCCACAGCAGGUGACCAGUCACAAACAUAUAUUCCAACACAGCUGCUGGGCUGAAGCUGUUGUGAUACGUCUGUUGCCAUGGAGAUACAGCUCGGUAAGAUGUGACCCAGUUUGUAGAACCAGUUAUCUGGAUAAGACUCUGAUUCUGCUGCAGUCUCUGGACCUCAAUUCUUCACUCCAAUAACAAGUUUUAUUUUCAUCAGAGACAUGGAGGACCAUGUCAGUCAGUCAAUCAAUCAAUCAAUCUUUUGUCCAUUCAUUUAUAUAUAUUUAUUUAUAAUUCAUUUAUUUAUUUCCACAUUUAUUCCUGUAUCUAUACAUAAGUAAAUGAAGCAGCUUCUGAUCAGUCUUGUCUGGUUCUGAUUGGCUCUACUACUGAUCCGGUUUCAGAACUGGGUCAGAAACACUUUCUUACCAUACCCCAACAAAACAGCAAAAAAAAAAAAAAAAAAAAUCACAGAAAACAAAUGUUUGAAGAAUAAACAUGUGAAA